GACUGCAACUGUCUAAAAUCAACUCCUCAUGCCAAGCGAUGAGUGAUAAAUUAAGGAAGUGUAACUGACCCAGCUUGGGUGAUCAGCCCAGGUUUUGGACGAAGCUGCUGCAAAACUACAAGUCCCAGCAUACCUUUCACAAGCACACUACACAUCAUCUGUAGAAUUCACACAUGCUCAGUGUGGUGGCUGGAGCCUGUUUUCCAUAGGUUCCUGAGUAGGUUAAAUAAGGUGGAGCAAAUAGCCCCACCCCAAAAGCAGGCUUCAGGAUUUGAAGUUUGAGCCUAGCCCUGAGGUAGAGCCGGAAUUUACCUUUGUACUUACACACGGUCAGGGUUGGUGGUGACUACGUGGGUCUGGAGCUGGCUGCCGUCCUGACACGUCCUAGAGCUGCAAGCAGGUUUGAAUCCAGGAUCACUUGGACUGCUGUUCCUCUCCCCACCCCCUAUAUUCUUUAUCCUUUUCCCUUCAGGACUUUCCCACAGGUUACUAGGUCUCACAUAAUUUCUACUGCCCUUGAGGACCCCUGCCUAAGUAAGAUUUCUACUACCUGCCGACAGUACUAGUAUCAGGCAGGUUUCUACUACCUGACUAUAGGGACUGUCCACUAACUCUCAGUAGCCCCUUAUCAAAAUACCUAGCACUGUUUCCUGGCAGGAAAUGCUGGGAAGGGUGGGCCCCAGAGCAUGAUCAACUGAAGGUAGAGGUUAAGGAUCAGGGCUGAGGUGGGAAGAUGGUGUCAGUCACCAAAUAUGACCUUACUGACUGCUCUGCCUUCUGCAGGUCCUGCCAGAGAGCCACCAUGGCCUCUCAGCCUCUCAGGCUGGCAGAAGAGUAUGGCCCAAGUCCUGGGGAAUCUGAACUGGCUGUGAACCCCUUUGAUGGGCUUCCCUUCUCUUCCCGCUACUAUGAGCUGCUGGAGCAGCGCCACACCUUGCCCAUCUGGGCUGCUCGCUUUACCUUCUUGGAGCAGUUGGAGAGUAACCCCACUGGAGUGGUGCUGGUGUCUGGGGAGCCUGGUUCUGGCAAGAGCACCCAGAUCCCUCAGUGGUGUGCAGAGUUUGUGCUGGCCAGAGGGUUCCAGAAAGGACAGGUUACUGUCACGCAGCCCUACCCUCUUGCAGCCCGGAGCCUGGCUCUGCGGGUUGCUGAUGAGAUGGACCUGACCCUGGGUCAUGAAGUUGGAUACAGCAUCCCCCAAGAGGACUGCACAGGGCCCAACACCCUGCUCAGAGAGGCUGGUGAGAGACCUUCCCCCAUCUACCGGGACACCAUCCCCCCUGAUCGAGUGGAAGCUGCCUGCCAAGCAGUGCUUGAGUUGUGUCGGAAGGAGGCUCCAGGAGAUGUGCUAGUGUACCUGCCCAGUGAGGAGGAAAUUUCCCUCUGCUGUGAAUCCUUGUCCAGGGAGGUAGAGUCCCUGCCUCUCCAAAGGCUUCCACCACGAGUACUGCCCCUUCACCCAGACUGUGGACAAGCCGUUCAGGCUGUAUAUGAGGACAUGGAUGCCCGAAAGGUUGUGGUCACUCACUGGCUGGCUGACUUCUCCUUCUCCCUCCCUUCCAUCCAACAUGUCAUCGACUCAGGACUGGAGCUCCGAAGUGUUUACAAUCCUAGGAUCCGAGCAGAAUUCCAAGUGUUGAGGCCAAUCAGCAAGUGUCAGGCAGAGGCAAGACGACUGCGAGCAAGAGGGUUCCCACCAGGAUCCUGCCUCUGCCUGUAUCCUAAGUCCUUCUUAGAACUAGAAGCUCCACCAUUGCCCCAACCCAGGGUGUGUGAGGAGAAUCUGAGCUCCCUGGUGUUACUACUAAAAAGGAGACAGAUUGCAGAGCCAGGGGAGUGUCACUUCCUGGACCAGCCUGCUCCAGAAGCAUUGAUGCAAGCCCUGGAAGAUUUAGACUAUCUGGCAGCCCUGGAUGAUGAUGGGGACCUGUCAGAUCUGGGCGUCAUACUAUCAGAAUUCCCUCUGGCCCCUGAGCUGGCCAAAGCCCUGCUGGCCUCAUGUGAGUUUGACUGUGUGGAUGAGAUGCUCACCCUGGCUGCCAUGCUCACAGCUGCCCCUGGGUUUACCCGUCCUCCACUCAGUGCAGAAGAAGCUGCCCUGCGUCGGGCCCUGGAACACACAGAUGGUGACCACAGUUCUCUGAUCCAGGUGUAUGAAGCCUUUAUACAAAGUGGAGCAGAUGAGGCUUGGUGCCAGGCUCGAGGUCUGAAUUGGGCAGCAUUGUGCCAAGCCCAUAAACUUCGGAGAGAGCUCCUAGAACUCAUGCAACGAAUUGAACUUCCCUUGUCCCUACCAGCCUUUGGCUCUGAGCAGAAUCGCAGAGACCUUCAGAAAGCACUGGUGUCAGGAUACUUUCUCAAGGUGGCCAGAGACACAGACGGGACUGGAAAUUACCUACUCCUAACCCAUAAGCAUGUGGCCCAGCUCUCCUCAUACUGCUGCUACCGAAGUCGUAGAGCUCCUGCCAGACCCCCACCGUGGGUGCUCUACCACAAUUUCACCAUAUCCAAAGACAACUGCCUUUCCAUUGUUUCUGAGAUUGAACCACAGAUGCUGGUGGAAUUGGCCCCUCCAUACUUCCUGAGUAACUUGCCUCCCAGUGAGAGCAGAGACCUCCUGAACCAGCUAAGGGAAGGAAUGGCAGAUUCUUCAGCAGGGAGCGAAUCAUCCUCAGUCCAGGAGUUCAGAGAUCCCUGUGUCCUGCAGUGACCUGCCUGCCUAUGGAAUGGAGCUGGGUUCAUCUCAUCACAUUAGAUUCUCCCUCAGGGUGGCACCAAAGCACCCAGACAGAUUUAGAAGCCCAAAGUUUAGGGUUAAAUAUAAACCCUGGAAAGUGAGUCCCAAGAAAUGGUAGGCUGGGAAUGGAGAGAAUGGGGUAAACCACAGUCUACAUAGGGAAGGACUCUUUCCUUAGCCUUCUCUUAUUGAUUAGAGAGGGACUGACAUGCUCCCCAUUCUCCCAACUUUGCCAACCCAUUCUUGUACUCCCUUGUGGUCUAUAAAAGAUUUUUCUAUGGUGCCA